AUGCGUUCAUUGGAAGCUCUGACGGUCGCGCUGCACGCAUCUCUGCUCGUGCUGCUGGUUCAGGGGAUUCAAAAAAACAGAGAUGGAGUUUCUUUGCGGUCGUUGCAGCGUUUUCCCCUUAUGGACCGAUCAACCGGGUACCACCUGCCCACCUACAUGAUGCAUCUCUACAGGAAUUUCAAGAGCAACUUUUCCCGGCCGUUGGACACUAUGGAGCAAGAUGCCACAAAGCAAGCGGACACCGUGAAGAGUGUGAUGGCUAAAAGCUUGACGUACAAAGAGAGCCGCUGGGUUGCGACCUUUGACCUCCAUGCCCUUCUAGCUGACAAACAGAUCCAGGCGGCAGAGCUGAGAAUCCGACUUCCUCGGCUACCGAGUGCGUCCAACAUCACUGUGGAGGUCUAUCACCAGCAUGGCCAGGCGUGCCAUAUGCAAACAAGUUGCCAGGAACAGCAGCUGGUGGGGCUGCUCACUGAAUCAUCACUGGUCACUUCAUCACAGAGCUGGAAAGUGUUCAACAUGACAAGACCUCUCUUGAGCUGGCUCAGGCGAAAAUCAGCGGCAGUGAGAAUUAGACACAAAAGAGUGUCAAGAAAAAGGAGCGUGUUGAAGACAGAGAGACACCUGUCGCUUCCUGAUCUGCCUGUCUUUGUGGCGAGCCCUAGAAAAGAGCAGGAUGUGAGUGACCGGGCCUUGUUGGUCCUUUUCUCACAAACUGGCUCUGGUGGAAACUCAAAGGCCAAAGCGAGCUUACUCCACACAGCUGAACAAUCCAAGUUCUUGUCCCCCGGUGAAAUCAAAAGGGCCCGUUGGCCAAAGAGGCGCAGGACCAAACGAGGUCAGAGAGAACAAACUGUGAGAAGCCUGCAGGCGUCCAAAAGAGGGAGUGAAAAAUCUUUCUGUCGCAGAGUCGACCUGCAUGUCGACUUUAAUACAAUUGGCUGGGGGUCCUGGAUCGUCUUUCCUAAAAGAUAUAACGCCUACCGCUGUGAGGGUAACUGCCCUGGCCCCCUGGGAAAACACCUGAAUCCAACAAAUCAUGCUUACAUGCAGAGUUUACUGAAACAUUACCACCCUGACAGAGUGGUAUCACCCUGCUGUGGCCCAACCAAAACGAGCCCAUUAAGCAUGCUGUACUACGAGAACGGAGAAAUGCUCCUUCGACACCACGAAGACAUGAUUGUGGAUGAAUGUGGCUGCCAGUGACGGCUACGACCACCUCCAAACAUGACCUGUGUGGCUGAGCGGCCAAUGUCUGAAAAAUAAAAGAAAACACUUAGCCAGAAGGAAAAAGCUCUUUGACAUUGUCACCGUGCACUGAAAGAUUGUAGCUGAUCUAUGUGCAGAGAUAGGAUUUUAAUAUGUGAUGUGAGCUCUGGUUUGUGAGUAGAACAUUGUUAUUUUAAAAUGUGCCGAAAUACAAUCUCAACAACAAUCUUCCAGCUGUGUGCAGAUGACACAAUGUAAUGUACAAUUUUAUUUCCCUUAUCAAUUUCAUCAAUGUAAACAUGAAAUGACAAUGUUGUUGAAUAUUCCAGCACUGU